GAGAGAGAGAGAGGGAGGGAGCUCGACCAACGGGGGAGGGAGGGAGCGAGAGAGGAGAGCGUCAAAGUGUUGCCAGUGUUCAGCUGGGGCAGGAAGUUUGACAGUCGGACGGACAGGGUUAAAAGAAGUGCUGUCUCCAAGACAACCGGUGUCAACGACGACAGGACAGCUGGUCUCUCGGAGCAGCGGGCCGGAGGACAGACAGACGGACAGAGCGGACGGGGAGGACGGGGAGCAGGCCGGUGUGUCCCAGGGACAGACAGCACGGUGCUCCCAGGGGGACGGCAGCCGAAUCGGGUCGGGCUGAGAGGAAGAAGCUGAGAGGGAACCGACAGCCAACCAAGGAUGGACGACCAGGACAGAGUAAGCCAAGCCUCCAGCAUGGCCACCGUCUCCUCCCUGCCCGUCCACAAAUCCGGGGGAGGUGAGAAGCUCCAGUCGUUUGGGAAGAGGUACCGGUCGGCGAGAAGAGACCCCAACUGCCCAGUGGUCAUCAGAGGCUGGCUCAACAAGAAGGACAGUGCAGGGUUGAAACUGUGGAAGAGGAGAUGGUUUGUGCUGUCAAACUACUGUUUGUUCUACUAUAAAGACAGCAGAGAAGAGUGUGUGCUGGGCAGUAUUCCUCUACCCAGCUACAACAUCCUGUUCUGCUCCACGAGGGAAUGCAAGAACAGGAAGUAUACAUUCAAGGUGGUGCACCAGGGCAUGCGCUCGUACUACUUCAGCGCGGACACCCAGGAGGACAUGCUGGGCUGGGUCCGAGCUCUGGGCCAGGCCGCCGCGAUGGAGCAGGAGGGCACGCUCAACAGACGCUGCUGCAGUUUCCAGGACUUCUCACAGCUAGGGGGCAGCAGUGAGUCGGUGGCCAGCCCGUCCUCCGAGGGAGAAUGUUUUCUCCAGAAGCCCCGACACGUCAGCCGAACGCUGAGCGAACCCAGCCACCUGACGGGCGCGCGGGGCCCGCACCCCCACGCAGAGCAGCGGGCGAGACGACCGAGCCCCUCCCCCAGCAGGGACCGCUGUGGUCUGGAAGACUCCGCCUCCUGCGGAGGAUCCUUGACCCCUAGAGGUCAGCUGGGGUCGCGACCUCACACUCCAGUGGGAAGGGUGGACAUCCGGCCCCAGAACGACCCCUUCGUGACCCCGCAGCCCCUCUUCUACACCCCCCCCUCCCCCAAACACCAGUUCAGACCACACCCCCCCACCCCCGUCCUGGAGAGAUGGCUCAACAAGCCCGUAGCGACAUACGGUUCUGUCCACCACGGUUCCACCGGACGGAGGCCGCUAGCAAAGUCUCACUCCACGGGGGGGUUCCCGGAAGCCCUCCCCCCGUUGCCGCGGACGACCCGACUUGGACACGUCCCCCACCCCACCCAUCACCAUCACCACCAUCACCACGGCAACCAUGUGUCCGUGUGUGUGGUUCCCACGACAACGGCUGUGAAGCCGGAGCUGAGAGACACUCCCCCCCUCCGCCCACUGGAGACUGACGCAGACGCUGUUCUGACCAGGUUGUGUGGGUGUGACAAGCUGCUGCAGGCUCUGUCCAUGGAGCUGGCUCAGCUGCAGGUGGACAAGAUCUCUGUGGCCGUGUUGCAGGACAGUGUCCAGGUUGCCAUGGAGAUGGGCAGGAUGCAGGUUGCCGUGGAGACCAGCAGGAUGCCGCUGGAGGAGUGGAGGACCCAGGAUGCGGCCCUUUCCCAGAAGGCCUUGCUGCAGGACGAGCUGGUCACUAUCCGCGCCAGGAUGUGUGACGUUUCUCUGGAGAUGGAGAGGGUUUGGGCUCAGUACGAGAGGAUGGAGAGUGAGUUGUCAAUCAUCAGAUCUCACCUGCAGCACAUCACAGACUUUGGAUCGCCUCAGCAUCAGUCCCAGGCUCAGAGGGACCUCUGGAUGAUGGAGGACGUCCUGUCUGCUCUGAAACCCAACCGGGACCACCAUUCUGCACUGCUGAGACUACACACACUAGUGCCCCCCGCGGUGAGAGACCAUCACACACACUCAACCUCCCCCCCUUCUCCGUCACAGACCCUGCAGAGCACAGCUCACAUGGGGGCGGAGCUAAUGGCCCCGACCCGCCCACCUCUACCUCAGGAACUGCAGGAAGCCAAUCAGAUGAGGGCUCCACAGUACGACUGGACAGAUCCGUCCUAUGAGAGGAUUGAUGGACGGGGUGAUGGACGGGGUGAUGGACGGGGUGAUGGGAGGAGCCAAGCAGGGCCGAUGGGGGGGUGGAGGCGGACACCCGAGCCUACCAUCACGUCACACAAGGGAGCGAGGAUGGGGGAGGAGGAGCAGAUGAGGACCAAGGAGAAGCCGGCCAGCCGGAAGAAACCUCCCAUCAUGCCAUGCGGUCCUCGACGCAGCCGGAGCUCGGAACCCAGAGACGAGACGCCGUUCCCGCUGCGCGUGACGCGGGUCGUCACGGCAACACUGCCCUCCUCCCUGGUGGCGCGCAGGGUGGCCGUGGAUGACCCCCCCCCCGAGCUCAGCCCCCCGCUGCCCGAGCAGAUCCCGGACCCCCGCCCGUCCCCCAGGCCCCCCUCGGGGCUGGACUACGUGCCGGCCCGCCACCGCGUGGUGAGCUGGGAGUCGCCCCCCCGGCAGACGGAGGACGGCGCCCGGGACGGGGGGCCGACCGCCGACACGCUGGCUCAAGGCCCGGCCUCCCGACCUUUGAACCCCGGCCAGACUCAUGACCUCGCUUUGACCCCUGAGCAGAGAGAGGCCAAACUCAGACGAGUUCAGCGAAUCAGAGAGAGGGUCGUCCGCAGUGCAGUAAGAGAGAGCUCUACCACUCCUGUUCACCUGUCAGACAAAGAAGUUCCUCUCCUGACUGAUGACAGGAAGCUGGCCGGCCAGACGCCAGGGGUCCGUUGCCAUAGCGACGGGUCAGCCGAGCGCCGGGGCGGUGCGGCCGAGGAGAAGGAGGCGGAGCCGAGGAGCCGCCUCCCGCCCCCUGCAGGCGGCGAGCGGCCAGCGCCCCGCGGUACGAACGGCUCCGUCAAACACUCCAGCUCCGUGACCUGGUACCAGCGGGAGGACGGGCGCCAGGUCUCCCCGGACCGUCGCCGUGGAGACGACCGGUCCCAGUCCAGCCGGGCCCAGUGGUUCCUCUCCACCAAUCAGUGGCAGGGGUUCAUCCCGCUGCAGAGCCAGGGGGCGGAGCCACUCUGUGACCAGGAGGUCGCCGACAUCACCGGCCGGCCGGAAAAACCCGAGGAGCCGGUGUCCGACGCCGGCGACGCCACCUCCUCCUCCUCUUCCUCCUCCCACGUCAGCCACCUCAGCCUGGAGAAGAUGAAGGAGAACCACGCGCUGUUCUACCAGAUCGCGUGCGACGUCAGCAUCUCGGACACGGACAUCACACCGGGCGACCACAACGGAAACGACGUCAACGACCGAAGCGACCAAAAUGUCCGAAGCGACCGGAACAACAACAACGACGCUGAAAGCUCGGAGGAGCCGCCCGGGGAGGGGGUCCCGGUCUCCGAGGGUCAGAGUGGUACCACUCGGAGGGCGUGGGACGCCCUGUUCCACGGCAUCAGCCUUCCGGCACCUUCUGAUUGGUUCAGCAGCUCUUCUUCCCUGUCCAAACAAGGAGGAGACCCAGAGGAGCUCAGGAUCCAGGAGGAGCUGGAAGCUUUAGCCCCUGAAGUCCUGCCGGAGGUCUCCUGCUCCUCCUCCUCCUCCACCUCCUCCUCCUCCACCUACUCCUCCUCCUCCCAGCAGGACGUCCUCCACCACCUCAAAGGGGAGGGGAGAGGAGACGGGGCGGAGAAGGGGAAGGAGGAAGAGGCCCCCCGACUUGGGGAUGAACCAGGGGGAGUGACGAAGGCCUCAGAGGAGGUAGUGAUCUUGGAGGAGGUGAAGAGGGAGCAGGAGGCCGUGAAGAGGGACCAAGAUGAGGGGAAGAAGGGCCAGGAGGGGAGGAAGAGGAACCAGGAGCAGACCAGGGUGUUUAGGAAGAGCAGCAGUUUGAGUGACAGUAGAGAGGCCAUCCCUGGCGACUCCGGGUUUGGUGACGUCACAACGGUGUUAAGAGGAGCUGGUUUUGGCAACACCAGGGUGACCGUCCUGCGGACGAGUUUGUAGAGAGAGAGAGAGAGAGAAUGUCUCGUGAACCUAAAGUACCGAAGAGAACAGAAGAGGUGAGGGGGAGGAGGUGGGGAAGAGGAGAGGAAGACUGCGGCUGAGAAAGACUUUGAGAACGUGGACAUUAAUAGAUAUUUGGAAUAUCAAAAUGGAAACAAAUGAAAGAUAAAAAUGAUUCCAAUGAAAAUGUUUGAAUAAUAAUGUACUGCUAUUUGUCGUCAGCGAUAUAUGGUGAUUUAAAAAAUAUGCCUAAUGUGGAGAAAUAAACGUACAUAUUUUAUAUAUGCAGGGAGGUAAACCUAUACUGUAUAGGGGUGCUUAACCAUUGGUCCAUUCCGUCCCGUGACUGACUGUUACUGUUGGGUUGUGACUGUUACUGUUGAGUUGUGACUAACUGUUGGGUUGCAAAUUAGUUAAUGUUUUAAUCUCUAACAUCUCAACGUGUUCCUGAUUGUCCUAAUUAAUAAACGUGGCGUAUGUGUUGCUACAGCUCUCGCAUAA